AUGGAAGCAUCAGUGCUGAGCCCUACAUCCUGGGAAAAAAGAAGGGCCUGGCUACGACAGAGCCGUAAUUGGCAAACCCAGGUCCUGGAAGAGGAGGCUGCAGCUGCCCUUCAGGAUGCACUGGAUCCCGAGCCUUCCAGCCUGGAUGAUGUUUUCCAGGAAGGGAAUCCAAUCAAUAAGAUUGAGGACUGGCUGCAGGGCUGUGGAGACACUGAGGAGGGACUGUCUGAAGAAGCAGGGCAAUCUAACUACAAUGGGUACUCUAGCCAUGGGACCAGCUUUGAAGAUGACUUGAGUCUUGGAGCAGAUGCCACACUACUGGCCACCAAUGGAAACCUCUUCUCCAGGAAUUUUCUCCAGACACCCAGGCCUUGCCAGUUACUUGAUCUUGGCUGUAGUCUGGCUUCCAGCAGCAUGACUGGUGGGACCAACAAAACCAGUUCAAGCAUCUCAGAGAUUUUGGACCAGGUACAAGAAGAUGCAGAAGAUGUCCUCUUCAGCCUGGGCUUUGGCCAUGAGGACCACAAAGAUACAUCUCGUAUUCCUGCAAGAUUUUUCACCAACCCCUCUCAGGCCAAGGGCAUUGAUUUCCAGCUCUUCCUGAAAUCUCAGAUGCAGAGGAUUGAGAUGGAGGAUCCCUGCCUGAUGCUGGCCAGCCGGUUUAAGCAGGUGCAAACGCUGGCUGUCACUGCUGAUGCUUUCUUCUGUCUCUACUCCUAUGUGUCUAAGACACCCGUCCAAAAGUUCACACCGUCCAACAUGUUCUGGAAUUGUGACCCAACUGAUGUGCCAUCCAUCAGGAUUCUGGCUCCAGAGCCUGAACCCCACUCACCCAGAGAACGUCUAAGGAAAGCAAUCUCUAAAAUGUGCCUGUAUACAGGUUCCCGAGAUCGGCUAUUACCACCUCACACUAACCCCAAAAGGAACAGUUUGGACCAAGUUGUGUGGGAAGUGAUGGACAGAGUGAAAGGAGAGAAACUAGGUCUCCAGCAAGGCCCAAAGCAUGGGCAAGCACCUCAGGAAGAGUCUGCGCCCCCAAGACAAAAUACAAAGCUGUCCACUUCUUCUUUCCCAUGUGUUUUCUGCCCUAAAGAAGAAACCCAGGGAGACAUGUGCUGCGCUCAUGCUCUAGCCAGGGCAGGUCCACAGUGCAACACAGACUCUGCACAGAUAAGGAGAGAGCUGUGGGGUCUACAGGCCGUCAGUGAGAAGCCCCAUUCAGCUGAGAAGGAGAGUCAAUGGGAAAGAAAAGGCAAAGCAAGAAAGAGCCUAUUUCAAAGUCCUCCCUUGGACAAGAAUAUUAAAUCACUGGACUUGUCCAUCAUACAGAAGAAACGAAAACAGAGCCAAGCCAGACAUGAGCUACACCAAUCUCUAACUCAACAGCUUCAGGGUGCUUCUGACUUGGAGCAGGUACAAAAUAACAGUGAAGAAGAGGAGGACUGUCACUCAUGUAGCAGUGACAGGCAACCCUACUUCUACCAUACUUCCCUUGGAGAAGACUCAAGAAAUCACAAGGUGAUUCAGAAACUGCUCAGUGCUGCCAAGAUUGACACCUAUGUGAUAAGUGUGAAGGGAAAACAGGCUGAGGAGCAAAAACUACUGAGCAGAGUGGCUUUGGACCUUGACCACCAGCUUCGGUGGCUAGCUCCACUCAUUUCUCAGGUUGUGAACACCAAGCCUAAAGAUUACAGUCCUGUCUGA